AUGAAUCUCUGGACCACCGACGAUAACGCUUCAAUGAUGGAAGCUUUCAUGAGCUCCUCCGACGUCUCAUCUCUAUGGCCACCGACGGCGACGACGGCGACAUCAGCUCCGGCGAUGGAGAUUCCGGCACCGGCUGGAUUUAGCCAGGAGACUCUUCAGCAACGUUUACAAGCUUUGAUCGAAGGUACACACGAAGGUUGGACCUACGCUAUAUUCUGGCAACCGUCGUAUGAUUUCUCCGGCGCCUCCGUGCUCGGUUGGGCAGAUGGUUAUUACAAAGGAGACGAAGAUAAAACAAACCCGAGCCGGACAUCGAGUUCGCCGCCGUUUACAACUCCGGUGGAUCAAGAGUACCGGAAAAAAGUCUUGAGAGAGCUCAAUUCUUUGAUCGCCGGCGGAAAUGGUCCGGCGGAUGACUCCGUCGACGAGGAGGUUACGGAUACGGAGUGGUUUUUCUUGGUUUCGAUGACUCAGAGUUUUGGUCCCGGUUUGGGUUUAGCCGGUAAAGCGUUUUCGACGGCUAACCCGGUUUGGUGUUCUGGGUUUGAUCAGUUAUCCGGUUCGGGUUGUGAACGGGCGAAGCAAGGUGGUGUUUUUGGGAUGAAGACAAUCGCUUGUAUACCGACGGUUAACGGAGUUGUUGAACUCGGGUCAACGGAGCAGAUCCGACAAAGUUCGGAUCUUUUGAAUAAAGUUCGGAUCCUUUUCAAUUUCGACGGUGGUGCUGGUGAUUUAUCCGGUUUGAAUUGGAAUCUUGAUGACCCGGAUCAAGGUGAGAACGACCCGUCUAUGUGGAUUAAUGACCCGAUUGGAGCACCCGGUUCAACAACAAACGAACCGGGUAACGAAGCUCCCGGUUCAACUAGCUCACAGCUUUUCACCAAGUCUAUACAGUUCGAGAACGGUAGCUCAAGCACGAUAACCGAAAACCCGAAUCCGGAUCCGAACCCGAGUCCGGUUCAUUCACAAACCCAGAACCCGAAAUUCAACAACAAUUUCUCUCGAGAGCUUAAUUUCUCGACGUCGAGUACGACUUUGGUGAAACCCAGAUCCGGCGAGAUACUAAACUUCGCCGACGAAGGUAAACGGAGCUCCGGUAACCCGGAUCCGAGUUCUUAUUCGGGUCAGACUCAAUUCGAUAACAAGAGAAAGAAAACCACCGGUUUAACCGACGAUAAAGUUCUAUCAUUCGGCGGCGGCGGAGGUGACAAAAUCACCAGCGCCGGAGGAGUAGAAUCCGAUCAUUCCGAUCUAGAAGCUUCCAUCGUGAAAGAAAUACCGGAGAAACGUCCGAAGAAACGAGGAAGAAAACCAGCAAACGGUAGAGACGAACCAUUAAACCACGUAGAAGCAGAGAGACAAAGACGCGAGAAACUAAACCAGCGUUUCUACGCGUUACGAGCGGUUGUACCAAACGUUUCGAAAAUGGACAAAGCUUCAUUACUCGGAGACGCGAUUUCUUACAUCAACGAGCUAAAAUCAAAAGUACAAAAAACCGAAUCUGAGAAAACCCAAAUCAGAAACCAGCUCGAAGAAGUGAAAUCAGAGCUCGCCGGAAGAAAAGCAAGCGCAAACGCCGGUGAUCUGUUAUCAUCGGCGACGGCGAUUAAAGCGGUGGGGAUGGAGAUCGAAGUGAAGAUUAUCGGUUGGGAUGCGAUGAUCAGAGUAGAAUCGAGUAAGAGGAAUCAUCCGGCCGCGAGAUUGAUGUCGGCGUUAAUGGAGCUUGAGCUUGAAGUGAAUCACGCGAGUAUGUCGGUGGUUAACGAUCUGAUGAUUCAACAAGCGACGGUGAAGAUGGGAUUUAGGAUCUACACUCAAGAACAGCUUCGUGCGAAUUUGAUUUCGAAGAUCGGUUGA